GUGAGCUUUGUUACUUAAUUUGAUGACAUAAGUGCGCAAAUUAGACGAAAUCAAAUAUCUACACGUUUAUUACAGAAUAAAUUUACUAGUGCCAUGUCCGGAGAGGACGAGGACACCGAAAAGAAGGGUUUCCGUCUGCUCGGGAUCCUGGACAUCCAGAACGUGCCAUGUGCCCGAGAGUCUCUGCUGUAUGGAGGAGGCGGAGGGCUGGCUGCAGGCCUGUUACACUUCUUAGCCACCAGUCGGGUCAGGAGGUCCUAUGAUGUGGGCUUUGCUGGAUUCUUUGUCACCACACUGGGAUCCUGGUUUUACUGUCGGUUAAACAACGCCAAGUUCCGUGCCCAGGAGCGCUUCAUCCAGCAGGGCCUCCGCAACAAAGUGGUGUACCAGGGAACCAGCCUGGACCCAACCAGGAAGAGCCCGCCAGAGACAGAGCUGCCCAAAGACCCCUAACAUACAGACCCCCCUCAGAGUCAGAGCCAUAGAGCCUAAGCCGCUUAAGGACUCCUAACAAAUCUACAUUGACCUUCCAGGGACUAAGACUAAGGACUAAAGAAGAGAGAUGUGUUGCACUUACAUGUAGAGCGGUUAGAGAACAUGUAUUAUGACAAAUUGAGCUUUUAACCAUGUUAUACUGUUGUCCCCUCAUAAAAAAAAAAAAAAAACAACAUACCAUGCAUUCUGUAGUUAAACUGUGUUCAUAACUAAAGCAUGGCUCUGUUAGCAUAGCAUUCACAGGCUUAAAUGCCUCACUGGAAACAGAGCUGUAAUUUAUAAAGUAUAUUUUCCAAACAGUUUUAAUUUCUAACUUAAUGCUUAUUACUUAUUCCAUGCUGACCAAAAGCAUGUUUAAAAGACAAUUAAAGCCACAAGAAUGCCUGAUAUGUGUUCUUUAAAAUGUGUGUUUUCUGUCAUAUAUAAAAUUGAAACAAAUACGAUUUCAACAUGGAUAUCACAAAUGAGCUGCUUAUUAUUGUUUUGGCAGAUGUACAGUGUGUUUAAAAGAAUGAU